AUGGCGAGCGACAAGCCCCAGGCGCCCUUGCCUUUCGCCUACCAGUUCGUCGCUGGUGCGGUCGCCGGUGUGUCGGAGAUUCUGGUUAUGUACCCAUUGGACGUUGUCAAGACCCGAGUCCAACUCCAAACGAACGUCGCCGCCGCCGGUGAGGAUUCCUACAAUGGCAUGCUCGACUGCUUCCGCAAGAUCAUCCGCAAUGAGGGUGCAUCUCGCCUCUACCGCGGUAUCUCCGCCCCCAUCCUGAUGGAAGCGCCCAAGCGCGCGACCAAGUUCGCCGCCAACGACUCCUGGGGCGCCUUCUACCGCAACCUCUUCGGCGUCGAGAAGCAGACGCAGUCCCUCGCCGUCCUGACCGGUGCCACCGCCGGAGCCACCGAAUCCUUCGUCGUCGUCCCCUUCGAGCUCGUCAAGAUCCGUCUGCAAGACCGCGCCUCCGCAGGAAAGUACAACGGCAUGCUGGACGUCGUCCGCAAGAUCGUCAAGGCCGAGGGACCCCUUGCGCUCUACAACGGUCUUGAGAGUACGCUGUGGCGCCACAUUCUCUGGAACGCCGGUUACUUCGGGUGCAUUUUCCAGGUCCGCGCGCAGAUGCCCGCCCCCGAGCCGGGCAACAAGUCCCAGCAGAUGAUCAACGACCUGAUUGCUGGUGCGAUUGGUGGUACGUUCGGUACUGUCCUCAACACGCCCAUGGAUGUCGUCAAGUCGCGCAUCCAGAACACCACCAAGGUUCCCGGCCAGACGCCCAAGUACAACUGGGCCUGGCCUGCUCUGGGGACGGUCAUGAAGGAGGAGGGAUUCGGUGCGCUGUACAAGGGUUUCACGCCCAAGGUCCUCCGGUUAGGUCCUGGCGGUGGUAUUCUGCUCGUUGUGUUCACGGGAGUGAUGGACUUCUUCAGGAAGCUGAGGGGCGAGGCUUAA